GUACAAUUCAAGGAAGUUGACAUGGCGUACAUAUCGUGUUUGUUGAUCAUGUCUUUCAAAGGUAUAAAAGAGGCAAUUAUUUUCAUUUGAAUCAAAAGAAGUAUUUUGGAAAGACAUUUGUUACAACUGUAAUAUUAUUUUCUUCGGAUAUUGACAUUUCGAUAACUUGGGGCCAUUGAGCCAAAAAUGUAAUAUCUGACUCUUAUUUGAGAACAGGGGAAAGGAAGAUUUUUGGGUAUUAAUUAUAUUACUGCGAGGACUUUAUUUAUCAAAAAGAGUAUUCAUUAUUUAUGUUGAAAAUUAAGGGCUUGACAAACGACGACUUCAAAGUUUAGGGUUUCUCCAUCGCUUCUCUCCGCCUCCUCCAUUGCCUCUCUCCGCCACCUCGACCGCCUCUCUCCUCCUCCUCUACCAGGGUCUAUUCUUGUGAAGGGGAUUGGGAGAUGGACUGUAUUUGAGCCUGAGUUGUAUUUGAAAACGAACUGUAUUUGAGCCUAAAUUCGGCUUGGUUUGGCUCGUUUAAGUCUAACGAGCCCUAACAAGCGAACCGAGCCGAGCCCGAGCUUUGAAAAUUUUUAACGAGCCGAACUCAAACUCCAUUAUCUAGGCUCAAAUCGAACCCAAGCCGAACUCGAGCUCGGCCUACGCCUUACUGAAUUGAUCCCGAAUAUCACAAGGUUCGGCUCGAUUCGGUUCGUUUACACUCCUAACUGUUGGGGAGAGAGAGAGAGAUGGGUGACAUUACUGUUGAUUUUUUCCAAGAGACCUUGAAGCAACUUAUAACGAGCUCCAAGCUCGGUUUAACCAUAGACGAGAAAUGUCAACUUCAAUCACUUCAGGAGGAAAUAGAGAAUCUGGGAGGAUUCCUCAAGGUUACGGAGAAGAAACGCAACGAGCAUUCAAAACUGAUGGAACUUGUGAUGCAAAUCAGAGACGUGGUAUUUGAGGCAGAAAACAUCAUAUAUCUGUUUGUAGGUCGCGAUUUCAAGAGGCCUAAUGCAUAUCAAUAUCUUGAUCAUCCUAGUCUUGGCCUUGAAAGUGUCAAAAAGAAGAUCAAGACUCUUAUGGUUAAGGUGAAGCAAAUUUACGACAUGAAGAUGUAUGACAUUAAUGGAGUAGCAGUAAAAAUACCCAAGUACUCUUCUACAGGAAGUGAAGGCAGUGCAGGUUCAUCAGGAGGGAGUAACACAUCCAAAUUGGUAAAAGAGAAUGUGGUGGUGGGUUUUAAGGAGGAGGUAAACAGAGUAAUAGAGAAGCUUGACGACAGAAGAGAGGGCAGACCGUUGGAGAUUAUAACAAUCAUCGGCGCAGGUGGAGGCGGCAAAACCACUUUGGCUAGAGAAGUGUAUGAUCAUCCUUUCACGUUGUAUACCUUUGAAAUUCGUGCAUGGGUUGAUGUUUCCCAAGAUUAUAAUAAGACUAUGAAGAAGAAUUUGUUGAUUCGUAUUUUGAAGUUAGCUUCUCCAGGGAAACAUGUUGAUUAUGAGGGGAGAAGUAAGGAUGAGUUGGGAGAAGACGUACACAAGUGCUUGAAGGGUAGGAAAUAUCUCAUUGUCAUGGAUGACAUAUGGGGCAUUGAAGCCUGGAAUGAUAUGCAAAGAUCAUUUCCUAAAGAAUGCAAGGGGAGUAAAGUGUUGUUCACUAGUCGACUAGUUGUUCAACCUGACAACAUCAGUUAUGUCCCUCAUUUUUUGGAUCCUUUAUCAAAAUAUUGGAGUUGGGAGUUGUUACAGAAUAAGGUAUUUGGGAUGAAAUGCUGCCCACCGGAGUUGGUGGAUAUCGGUGAGCAAAUCGCACAAAAAUGUGAUGGACUACCACUUGCGAUUGUCACGAUAGCUGGCAUUUUGAAAAAGAAAGACAAGACACUCAAAGUGUGGGUGGAAGCUGCCGAACAUUUAAGUUCAAUCAUUGCUAAAAAUCAGGAGGGCUGCAUGGAGAUACUUGAACUGAGUUACAAUCACCUACCUCUUCAUUUGAAAGCGUGUUUUCUCUAUAUUGGAGGAUUCGACGAGGAUCGUGAAAUCCCCGUACGCGAUUUGAUAUGGUUAUGGAUCGCAGAGGGGUUUAUUCAGCAAAGUGAGGGGAAAAGCUUGGAGGCGAUGGCAAAAGAUUACUUACUCGACCUCAUUGAUAGAAAUCUCAUAAUUGUAGCUCGCAAAAAUCCCCUUGGAAGAAUUAAAGCAUGCCGUAUCCAUGAUCUUCUACGUGAAUUGUGCUUGAAAAAGGCCGAGGAGGAUAAUUUCCUUGUGAAAAUAUACGAGGAUGAUUUUUUUCAAACUUUUGCUUCAAAUAACCAUUGCCGCCUCUUCACUGCGGGCAGGAAGUUCAAUGCUGGGAAGCACUUUGUGAAGUUCACCGAGAAAAGCCAUCAUGCUCAAAAAGUUCGUACUCUUUGCUGCCCAAGGAUGCCAGACUCGUGGGAGUCAUGGCAUAAACUGCGUCACUUUCUUGAAAACUAUCUUGAAAACUUUAAAAAUCUCAGGGUGUUGAGUUAUAAAUCCUAUGAAAGCCUAGGAAGCCUACAUCUAGUUCAUUUGAGAUACUUGCAAAUGGUUCAUACUAGGCCAGGACCUUAUUGGUUUGAAGCCCCGUUUUCCCACCACCUAGAAACCAUUAACUUCGAAUUAAGAAUGGACGUAACAACCAUUAAGUUGCCUUACGAUAUAUUUAUGAUGGUAAAGUUGAGACAUCUUUAUUCUAAAAGGAGUAAAUUUGCAUACCAUUGUUGCCUCCAUCUUCCUUCUUCUGAAGAAGAAGAAACAGCAAGAACCGAUUUUGACCAAUCCUCCAAGUUGGAUAGCCUACAGACCUUGGACUCAAUAUGUGCUUGUGAGGUGUGUCUAAGGUUCUUGGUAGGGACUCCCAAUCUUAGGAAGCUAGGAAUUAGAGGAGACCUAAUUUCGAAGGAUGGUGUUUCGAUGAUCCCCGACCUAGAGUUCUUAAAAUUCCUUGAGACACUCAGUUUAAUGCGCUGUCAAAUUACUCUUCAGAAAGUGUUGAAGCUUCCUCCGACUAUUACGCAACUAUCUUUGCGGUACACGUGCUUCAAGUGGGAGGAGCUCUCAAUCCUCCAAACGGCUCUGCCAAGCCUUGAGGUUCUCAAAUUACGCCAUUGCCGUGGUGGAUCAGUUUGGAAAACAAGUGAAGAGGGGUUCUCUCAACUCAAGUACUUGAAGCUUGAUGGUCUGGAUAUUAAGGAGUGGAAUGCUUCUGAAGAUCAAUUUCCGAGGCUCGAGGUCUUAGUGCUUCACAGGUGCAAACUACUGGCGCAGAUCCCAAUGGAUUUUGCUAAUCUAAAUGAGCUUCGCGAAAUUGAGAUAGCGGAAUGCACCAGCUCGAUGGAGAAAUCGGCCAGGGAGAUUCAAGAAGAGCAAAGAAAUAACAAAGGAGAUGAUUGUUGCCUAAAUCUCCGUUUGCAUGCAAAUACAUUUUCAGAAUGGUGAACAAUCAUUGGGAAGGCAAAUAAAGGCAUUAAAGUCAUCUAGCCGCGAGAACAUUCAACUGAAGGAGAAGUAAUCAAGUGCAGCUGGAACAUAGCUCCAACACGACUAUUUACACUUCAGUCCAGUCCCCAGAAGUUUAAUUAAUUUCAGAUUGGUUCCUGAAAUUUGAAAUAUUGCAGUUCAAUCCUCUCCACUGGAAAUGCAUUUGGCGCCUUCCGUGUACCUAUCAUAUCCAGUACUUCGUCUGGCUUGCUGUCCAGGAUCGUCUUCUUUCGGGUAACAAUCUUUUUACUCGUCAUAUCACCUCCUCCCUGGACUGUGGUUGGUGCCCUUCUGUGUGUGGGAAUGCCUGUCACGUUCUUCGCGACUGUAGUCGAGCUUUGUCUAUUUGGACGGCAAUUCAGUUUCCCUUGCUUAACUCUCACAACAACUUCUUUGACUGGAUCACCACCAAUGCAAGGAUUUCGGGUACCCACUGUUCGGGCACCCCUUGGAAAGUCGUUUUCGUUUUUGCUAUUUGGCAUAUUUGGGUCGAUAGAAAUAAUCGCAUCUUCAAAUUUAACUCCAACUCGAAUUGGCUGGACCCUGCUGCUAUAGCUAAGACCAUCAUAAACAAAUCCUUGGAAUGGCAUUUCUUGGUCCAGGAUAAACCCAAGGGGCAGAGAAAUGGCAUUGGUGUGGGGUGGGUUGCUCCUUGUGAAAAAAUUUUCAAGCUCAACACAAACGGAGCUUUUAAUGCGGCACUGGGCACGGCAGGUACGGGAGGUAUUCUCGUGAUCACUUUGGUAGAAGGGUUGGUGGUUUCCACAGAAUGACAGAAAUUUGCAGGUGAACUCGAGCCUCAUGACUGAAAUUUUGGCCUUACGGGAUGGCCUGGUUUUGGCAAAGGCAGAAAGUGUGAACAAAUUGGAAAUUGAAGUUGAUGCUUUGGGUGUGGUACAGUUGAUAUUGGUGAUCAUCACACGACGAACCACCACUUGGUAACAUUUUACUUGGUUGCAGGUUCCUCCUAGAAAAAUUUGAAGUGGUGUCCAUCAAGCACGUCUACUGAGAGAAGCAAACCAUUGUGCGGAGCAUUAGCAAAUGACGCAUCUAUUUCGGUGGGAGAUUUUCAUAUCUACCCUUGUAUGCCUAAUUGUAUUGCUAGUUUAUUUUAUGCGGAUUUGAUUGGGGUUGUAUACCCCGGUACUCUUAAUUCAUGUUUCAUGCAUCUUCUAUUACAAAAAUAAAUAAAUAAAUAAAUAACCUUUGAGCUGCA